AGCAGAAAAGCUCCAGUUGCUUAACCACAGGCCUGUGACGGCAGUUGAAAUUCAGCUGAUGGUAGAAGAAAGCGAGGAGAGACUAACAGAAGAGCAGAUUGAGUCACUGCUCCAGACGGUCACCAGCAUUCUUCCAGGGGAUCCAGAAGAACAGCAGAGAAGCUCGGCCAUGGCAACAGAAGGCAGAGCUGACCAAGCAUAG